AUGGUUUCAGGCGCCAAUGACAAAAGCACACCCGCAAUAGUCUCUUUGGCAGCUGGCGGCAUUGCUGGCGGUGUGGAAGGCUUUCUUUCGUAUCCUCUCGAGUUUGCGAAAACGCGUGUACAGUUGAGAGCUGAGAAAGGCGUACCGACACCACGAAACCCUUUCCUCGUCGUGACCCAAGUUUAUCAAAAUGAGGGAAUCAAAGCGCUUUACAAAGGCUGCGGAGCGCUGGUCUUCGGUUCAGUAGGCAAAGAUGCUGUUCGCUUUCUCUUCUUCGAUCAGAUCAAGUUAUCCUUCGCAGAUCCAGAGACUGGCACACUUUCGCCACUUCGCAAUCUGUUGGCUGGCAUGACUGCUGGGGUAGUCGCAUCGAUCACUGCGGUCACACCUACAGAACGCAUCAAAACGGCACUUAUUGAUGACGCCAGAAAUGAAAAGCGUUUUCGCUCCGGUUUUCAUGCGACAGCAACAAUCUGGAAAGAGCACGGUAUACUCGGUCUAUACCGUGGCUUUGCAGGGACUACCCUCAAACAGGCAUCAGCAACAGCAUUCCGGAUGGGAACGUACAAUAUUCUCAAAGACUUUGAAAAGACCAAGAACAUCGAACAGAACACCGCAGUCAAUUUCGCAAACGGAUCAGUAGCAGGCGUUGUGACAACGCUCUCCACACAGCCUUUCGAUGUCAUUAAGACACGAUCGCAGAGCGCAAGAGGUACAAGCACUGCUGAGGCUGUGAAGAGUGUGUUGUUGGAUUAUGGUAUCAAAGGAUUCUGGAAAGGCACAACGAUGAGACUAGGGCGCACGGUGUUUAGUGGCGGUAUACUAUUUACGAGCUACGAGGCUGCUGUCAAGCUCAUUUUACCAUUGUAUCCCGGCACGAAGCAAGCCGAAGUAUCAUAG